AUGGAACAUUUCGAGAAAAAGUCAAAAAGUUCCGUUACAAUGAAUUACAAAACUUCCAUAGCCCCUACGUCUCAUAAACACAAUGACUAUGUAGUAAAACUGCUCGACGAUUUCGUUUUUACUGACCCGAACAACUUCACCUACCACGCUCUGAUUCUCGAAUAUCUUCCAGGAGGCGACUUGUCCGAGUAUUUGAAGGAGAAACUUCUCAACGAAGGAAAAGAAACUGAAGAACCGUGGGAUGAAAAUGAAGCGCUUCGGAUUACUGCUCAACUGGCUGUUGCUCUAGACUACGUCCAUUCCCAAAAUGUGAUACACCGAGACGUCAAGCCCGAAAACGUCCUGCUUUCUGCUGAUAAGAAAACGGCAAAACUGGCCGAUUUCAACAUUUCCCGAACGAUCGAGGCGACCAAAAACACCGGUGUCGCUGGAACAAUGGACUUUUAUCCACCCGAAACGCUUAGAAAUCAAGAAACUGAGCAGAUCUCUUUCCGACGAGAUUUGUGGCCAUUUGGAAUUAUCAUGCAGAUGCUUUGUUCUUUCAGGAAUAGUUUUAAAAUCAAAGAUUUUUUGAUUUUCUUUAUGAAAAUUUGA